UCGGGCGAGGCCUCCGCAGGGCCCGGCCGGCUCGGGGGGUUCACCCCGCCCCGCUAUGGGCCGGUUCUCGCUGCUGAUUCCGCUGCCAUCACCGCCGCCCCCCGCUGCCGCCUUCUGUACCCCCACCCGUCCCCUUCUCCCUUCUUUCUCUUUGGUGACCCCCAAAAAGCUGUUCCUCUCCCUCGCCCCCCCCCUUCUCCUCGCUGCCCUUGGCCCCGCAGGUGCGCAAUCCUAUUUGUCACCUGUCAGGGCCCGCUGGCCCCCGAUUAGCUGCUCUCGGGGAUGAGCUCCGUGUGGUGGUUGGGUCCUGGAGCUGGGGAACAUGGGGAUGGUGCUUGCACCCUUCAGAAGGAGCGUGUUGGGUGCUGGCAUGGAUCCUGCAGCUCAGAGCUGCAGAAGGGGACAAAGCAGUGUGGUCUGAAGAAGAAGAGGCUCAGGGGAGAGCAAGAGCUCAUCGCUCCCUACAACUCCUGAAAGGAGCUUGUGGGGUGGGGGAUCGGCCUCUGCUCCCAGGUAACAGCGAUAGGAUGAGAGGUGAUGCAUUGCAUCAGGGGAGGGUCGGGUUGGAUACUGGGUGAAACUGCUCUGAAAGAGGGGUGAUGCACUGGCACAAGCUGCCCAGGCAUGUGGUGGGAUCACUGUCCCUGGAGGCAUCCAAAGAACGUGGAGAUUUAGCACUGGGAGAUGUGGUCAGUGGGCAUGGCAGGGGUGGGCUGAUGCUGGACUUGGUGGUCUUACAGGUCUUUUUCAGCCUUCGUGAUUCUAUGAAAACCUGUUGACCAUCUGAUCUCCCCAAAUGGCUACCACCAGGUGCAGCCAGUGCAGUCGGGCUGGGUUUAACUGGGAAGGAGAGUCCAGGUGGGCCGCUCCCUUCCUGCCCACACACACCUGGGUCAGGCCUCAUGCUGUGCAGCUCGGUGCCCACCUCUGGUUUGUCAGUGGGGUAAUCCUACUUCCCCCCAGUUUCCCACCAAACUUGCCUCCUGGUUGUGCUUUGGUGACUCUCAGGGGAGUCAUUCCCUGUUCCAUGUGAGUGCUCCCUCCUGGCAUGCAGCCUCAUAGAGCUACAAACCAUCAGAAUUCAGCCUGGUAGCCGAUUUCAAAGGAAAAAUCCCUCCAAAGAGUGUCUGAUUUCUACUCCUUCUCCCAAGGAUGGAUUUGCAGGCUCUGCAGGGUUUUUAGCCUAUGGUGAAUAAUUACUAGAAGAUAUAUAUUUUUUUAAAUGGAAAAUGAUGACCAAAUAUUCUUGCUAAUUGUGAGUAAGCUGCUGCAGCCUCUCCUAACUUCUCAGCCUGAAGGAAUGCAGGAAAUGGAUGCUGCUGCCUGCACGAGGCUCGCUGUCGUAACACACCAUAAAUCCGUAGGGGUGAUCCAUCCGAGUAGUGAUGGCAUCAUGAUGUGUGUCCUGGCCGUGCUGCUUCCUCCAUGCCCCUUGUGAGUAAUGCCUUGGAACUUGGAGGGAUGCUCUGCCCCGAUGCUACCCGUGCUGUGCUCCUCUCUUCCAUUGUUUCUUUUCUGCGGCAAGGAAAGCGGACUCGAAACCAAGUCAGCAGCUGCAAAAGCUGAUCCCAGAGCGGCUCUAGGACCCGGCUCUGCUGCUGAACCUCAGUUGGGAUUUCACAGCCCUGCUUGUUUAAAAAACGUCACUCUCCGACCCGUUGCUACGUGACUGACCCAAACAAACACAGCAGUGACCUCACCGGACCCCGCAGCCCUCCCAGGGCUGUGGGCAAGGGGCUCAUGGUGCUGUGAGCGCUGUGACUCUGGCUCUGGCCACGCCAUGUAAACAAACUAAAAAUAGAGCUGGUAUGCUUCCCUCCAGAUCGCCGCCCGUUGUGGUUGUUUGAGAUGGGAUCUGUGCCUCUCUCUUCCUCCCCAUGGCUGUACUUCAGUAUCCAGGCCACGCGGUUGUGUGGUUCUUGCAGGCUGCGGACUCUGACCCCUGAGCCGUAAUGGGAGGAGGAUGCGGAACAGCCUGGUCCCUACGCACACACACUCAAAACUUUAAGCUUCUGGAGGCUGGCAGUGAUGAGGAGCGCAAAUUAAAUGUGAGCCUGAGCGAGAGCUUUUUCAUGGUGAAAGGAGCAGCCCUCUUCUUGCAACAAGGAAACAGCUCCCAGGGCCAGCGAAGUCUCCAGCACCCUCACAAGCAUGCAGGUGAUUUGCCUCAGCACCUCCAGGUGAUGAUCAACCUCCUUCGCUGUGAGGAUAGAAUCAAACUGGCUGUCCGUUUGGAAAGCGUGUGGACAGACAGAGUCCGGUACAUGGUGGUUGUGUACAGCAACGGGCGACAGGACACAGAAGAGAAUAUUUUGCUGGGUGUGGAUUUUUCCAGCAAGGAGAGUAAAAGCUGCACUAUAGGAAUGGUUCUUCGUCUGUGGAGCGAUACUAAGAUCCAUCUUGAUGGCGAUGGUGGCUUCAGUGUGAGCACUGCUGGGAGAAUGCACAUCUUCAAGCCAGUGUCAGUGCAAGCCAUGUGGUCUGCUCUACAGAUCCUCCAUAAAGCCUGUGAGGUUGCAAGAAGGUACAACUACUUCCCAGGUGGGAUGGCCUUGGUCUGGGCCACGUACUAUGAAAGCUGCAUCAGCUCUGACCAGAGCUGCAUCAACGAGUGGAAUGCCAUGCAGGACCUGGAGUCCACCCGCCCUGACUCUCCAGCUCUGUUUGUUGACAAGCCAACUGAAAGGGAACGGACAGAACGCCUCAUUAAAGCCAAGCUCCGGAGCAUCAUGAUGAGCAAAGACCUGGAAAAUGUGACUUCAAAGGAGAUCCGGAAUGAGCUGGAGAAACACAUGAAUUGCAACUUGAAAGAAUUCAAGGAAUUCAUAGACAAUGAAAUGCUGCUUAUCCUUGGUCAGAUGGACAAACCCUCUCUGAUUUUUGAUCACUUGUAUCUGGGGUCAGAGUGGAAUGCCUCUAACCUGGAGGAGCUGCAGGGCUCGGGCAUUGACUACAUUUUGAACGUGACCAGGGAAAUAGAUAACUUUUUCCCUGGCUUGUUUGCCUAUCACAACAUCCGGGUGUACGACGAGGAGACGACUGACCUCCUGGCUCACUGGAACGAGGCAUAUCAUUUCAUAAACAAGGCCAAGAAGAAUCACUCCAAGUGCCUGGUGCACUGCAAAAUGGGCGUGAGCCGGUCUGCGUCCACCGUGAUAGCUUAUGCAAUGAAGGAGUUUGGCUGGUCACUGGAGAAGGCCUAUAAUUACGUGAAGCAGAAACGCAGCAUUGCAAGGCCAAAUGCAGGCUUCAUGAGACAGCUCCUGGAAUAUGAAGGCAUUUUAGAUGCAAGCAAGCAACGCCACAACAAGCUGUGGAAGCAGCAGGCAGAGAGCAACCUCCCCCAGAGCACAGACGGCACUGCAGGGUCGGGUGACUUCUUACUUGAGAGCUUGGACAUCGACCUCGAAAACCGGCUGGCUGACCUGGACACCCCGUCGCAGUCGGCGUACCUGGACAACCGAGCUGGCACGGAGCUGCCCAUAGGCUUCAAUUACUGUUUCCGCCGCCUCUCGGACACGCUGCUGGAGAACAAGGUGCCUGGGGACAGGGAGAGCUUUUGCCACGUGGAGGAGCUGGAGCGGGAUGCGCUCACGGAGCGCGCGGCCUCGCUGGCGAGGCAGCCUCCAGCCGUGCCUCCGGAGAUGGCCAAAGGCCUGGAGCCAGCGGAGCCACUGGCAGAACUGAGCAGCUUCUGUGAGAAGGAGGUGAAGAAGAAACGGGACUUCAGCCCCCGGAAGGCGAGAAUGGUGCUGGGCACCAGGGAACCGGGGGAGGACGGUAUCAGGGAGGAAAACCCCAUGGAGAAGUGGAAGCGGCGGUUGUCCGUGCACAAGGAGGAGAGCAGGCUUAAUAGGGAGAACCUGAAUAACAACAACAGCAAAAGGAGUUGCCCAGAGGAUUUUGAGCAUGACGCAGUGUUUGGGAUCCUCAGUAAAGUCAAGCCUUCCUACCAGUCCUGUGCUGAGUGCAUGUACUCAUCGGGCAGCCUGGCUCCGGACUCCUUUGGGGAGCAGUGUGAGAAGCUGAACCCCAGCUCCGCGCACCGCAGCUCCACCAUCUGCACGCAGCCAGCCCUCCUCUCCCACCUCCCCUCCUUGGGGGAGCACCUGCCCAGCAGGGCACGCAUGGAGGAGGGAAUUGGGACUAGAAACACUGAGGCACUGCUUCCCCUGUCAGCAGGAGGCGGUGCUUUGGAAGCUGGUAAUUGCAAAUCCGUGGUUGCUCAUCAGUGCGGCUUUUCAGAGAAAGGAAAAGACGUGCCAGAAAUCCCUGUCAGAACGCUGCAGCCCAGGAGAAACUCACACUGUGACAAGAGCCUCCUUAGCACAGAAGUGGUGAAGGAAGAAUCUCUGGCCAGAAAAGAUAGCAAACCUACCAAGGACCUGAAGUACUUGUUGUUCAGUAAAGACUUGGAAAAGCCAAGUGCUAACAGUUACUUGAUGCAGCAUCAGGAGUCCCUUAUCCAGUUGCAGAAGGCAGGCUUGGUUAGGAAGCACACCAAAGAGCUGGAGCGGCUGAGGAGCCUGCCCUCGGACACCUCGGUGCUGCUCCGAGAGAGCGCCCUGGGCAGGGCCGAGCCCAGCAUCGCAGAGGAAGGUGAGGAGCUGGUUCCGCAUCCCGGCCUCGUGCCCCUGCUGAGGCCUUCGCCGCCUGUACCCGGAGAUGCUGAAAGCGACCUGGAGAAGCUGGAGGUCAAACGCGUGCUGGAGGGGAUCUCUCAGAAAACCUCCACCCCCGUGGUGUGCAGGCUGGAGCACACCAGCAGCUUCACCAAGGACUUCCUGAAGACCAUCAGCUACACCCCCUCGUCCUCCCGCAGCUCCAACCUGACGCGCAGCUCCAGCAGCGACAGCAUCCACAGCGUGCGCGGCAAGCCCGGCCUGGUGAAGCAGCGGACUCAGGAGAUCGAGACCCGGCUGCGGCUGGCCGGCUUGACUGUCUCUUCCCCGUUGAAGAGGUCCAAUUCUCUCGCCAAGCUGGGCUGUCUUAACCUGUCCUCCGAGGACCUGUCCAGCGACAUGGACGUGUCGACCAUCACGGGCUCCAAGGAGGCCGUUUCCAGCGAGUCUUCCGGGCUCUGUGAGCCACCCUCUGCCCCAAGGAGCGCGGAUGUUGGCUCCAAGCUGUCAGCCAAGCCGGCCCUUGGGAACACGAAGACUCCGCUUUGGCUUGGCAAAAGUUGA